AUGGAGGACGUGAAAUUAACGCACGGUGGAGGCGAGCGUCUUGAUGCUGUGUCCAGCCUUCUCGGCCGCGCGUUUGAUAAAGACCCAAUACUCAGAUACAUGCUUUGCGACAUGUCCCCUGAAGAAUAUCGAUCCUAUCUGAAGCCUUACUGGGAACGACUAUGUAAGGCAGCAGUGCUCAACGACGGCAUUAUAACCGAAGCAGAUGGAUGGAAAGCAGGGGCAGUGUUGAUGCCACCAGGCAAGUUGCUCGAUAACCCCUGGACCAUGAUUCCGGCAGGGCUCUUUAGCGUACUGUUUCGAAUCGGAAUUUCUGGGGUUCUGCGCAUGAUGGCGGACUACAGUAAUCCAGCCAAGGCUGCGAAGAAAAAAGGACUUAAAGGGCACACCAGGUAUUACUACCUCUUUGCCAUUGGGACUGAAUACGAACACCGAGGAAAAGGCCUGGCGCGAGCUAUCAUCAAGCAGUAUAAAGAGAGAGCUCAGGCCGAUCAAGUACCUCUAUGGCUGGAAGCCACAAAUCAACAUUCUCGUGACAUUUACGCCUCCGAAGGGUUUGAUGAGAUCGAAAAGGUCACCAUUGGGAUAGGAAAAGCUGCUGCGGAUGGAACCGUGCAGAAAGGGGGAUCAGGGGUUUCGUUUUGGCCUAUGGUGUGGUGGCCAGAGUCUCUAAAAUAG